CACCUUCAAUUUCACCUUUUAUACUUGCAGACAUUGACCAAUGGAUUAGGACAGGGAGGGACGUCCGUUGCUAUGGGCGAGUGGACUGGCAGGUGAAACUGGACUGUGAACAGCAGGAGGAACAGGAGGAGCAGCAGCAGUAGCAGGAGCAGCAGGAGUAACAGCAGCAGCAGGAGUAACAGCAGGAGCAGGAGUAACAGCAGGAGCAGGAGUAACAGCAGGAGGAGGAUAGAGUUCAUUUCCAACACUUCUCUGGGAAUUUAAAUCGUCCCAAGUUCGAGAGAUUUGAAAUUGACGGACUUUUGGAUCGGGGCCCUGAUCACAGGAGGUCCAGGAUGAAUAAGCUACGGCAGAGUUUCAGACGGAAGAAAGACGUGUACGUUCCUGAGUCCAGCCGACCGCACCAGUGGCAGACGGACGAGGGGUCGGUCCGCAGGGGAAAGUGUAGCUUCGCAGUCAAGUACCUGGGUCAUGUAGAGGUGGAGGAGUCCAGAGGAAUGCACAUCUGUGAGGAUGCAGUGAAGCAGCUCAAGACGGACAGGAAAUUCUUCAAGGGCUUCUUUACUAAAGCAGGGAAGAAGGCAGUGAGAGCAGUGCUAUGGGUCUCAGCAGACGGUCUCCGUGUAGUAGAUGACAAAACUAAGGACCUGAUCCUAGACCAGACAAUAGAGAAAGUAUCGUUCUGCGCUCCGGACAGGAACUUUGAGAGAGCGUUCUCCUACAUCUGUAGAGAUGGAACUACGAGACGCUGGAUCUGCCACUGCUUCAUGGCUAUCAAGGACUCGGGAGAGCGUCUGAGCCACGCAGUGGGCUGUGCCUUCGCUGCCUGUCUGGAGAGAAAACAGAAGCGAGAGAAAGAGUGUGGUGUCACAGCAACCUUCGACGCCAACAGAACCACCUUCACCAGGGAGGGCUCGUUCCGAGUUACCACGGCGACGGAAGCUGCGGAGCGAGAAGAGGUCAUGAGGCAGUUGCAGGACAAGAAAGCGGAGAGUGAUGUCAAGUCCGCAAUGCCUCUCUCCUCGGGUCCGAGUGUGGGUGUGGUAAACCAGGCUGUGGCCCCUCUACCAGGGUCCCCCUCCUCCUCCCCUCCCCUGGGCAUGGAGAGCACCCUGGGCCUCCAGGUUAUCCCCCGCAGACACGCUCCAGUGGAGGCCCUGGCCAGACAGGGUUCCUUCAGAGGGUUCCCUGCCCUCAACAACAACUCCUCUCCCUUCAAACGGCAGCUGUCCCUCAGGAUGAACGAUCUUCCCUCUACCAUGCAGAGGAAGUCUGACUUCCCCAUGAAGAACACAGUCCCGGAGAUGGAGGGAGAGGGGGACAGCAUCAGCUCGUUGUGUACCCAGAUCGCCUCAGCAUUCAGUGGGCCUCCUGAAGACCCCUUCUCCCAGGCCCCCAUGCCCCGACCAGCUUCCUCCCCACAGUCACCUGUAGUGCCCCCAGGGGCUCAGCCAGGGAACGGUACCGGUCCUGCCUUCCCUCCGUCUGCUGUUGUUGCUGCUAACUCUCCAGCACUGCCCCCUCCACUACCUGCUCGAGACACUAACCCCUGGGCCAAGACCCCGAGCCCCCACUGCCAAGCAGGGCAACAUACCUCAGCUGCCUCUUCCUCCGCACACCCAGGAGCUGAUUGGACAACCCCAGUGAUUGUAGCUCCACCCUCCACCACGGCGUCCCCAUUGCACCCAUCCCACCGCCGCACGCCGUCCGAGGCUGACCGCUGGCUCGAGGAGGUCACCAAGUCUAUCUGCGCUCUGCAGCCCGCGUCCACACCCCCCUUCCAACCGUUCCUCACCCCCAACCCGCCAGCCUUGUCCACCACCCAAACCCAGGCAUUCUCAACCACACUACCCACAGGCCAGCCCUUCUCUGCCCCCAUGCCUGUGCCAUCUGUUGCUCCCGUGGCCUUCAUGUCCUCCCUGCCCCCUCGCCAGCCUGCCUACCCAAUGUCCAACGGUCUGCCCUAUGCCCAGCCCAGUGUGCCCGUGGUGGGCAUCACCUCCUCUCAGAUGGUAGCCUAUUUGUUUGGUUCAACCCCCCAGCCCCAGGCGUACCCCAUCCCCCAGUAUGAUCCUUACAACAACCCCCACCAGCAACCCUCGAUGCCCCUGCCUGUCCCCCUUCAGCCACCCAAUGGGAGUGUAGCCUUCAAUGGGGGCAGAGCUGACAGCUGGGCCCCUCCCCUCCUGCCCCCUCAGUCCUCCCCGCCCGCGGCCGACCCCUUCGAGGCCAAGUGGGCCUCCCUGGAGAGUCGGUCCCGUCAGCACACCACACCGUCGCCCACUAACCCCUUCUCCUCCGAGCUCCACACAACCUUUGAGAUCCAGCUCUAGAGACUGAGAGACUGGGGAGGAGGAGGACUGGGGAGGAGGAGGACUGGUGGAGGUGGACUAGGGAGGAGAGGAAAGGAGGCUGUUCUGUUGAUUGUGCAGGUUGGGGAGAGAGGAGGUAGCCUCUCUCUGUCUCUCCAUCCGCCUGGUCUGGCUUUGUGGGGGGACCUGAGGGAGGAGGAGGGCAAUGGAUGGGUGCAUCUAUAAGUUGGGGUGAAGCUGCUGGCAGCACUGAGAGGUCAUGGAGAGAUGGAAUUAUUCAGGUGCUGCUGCUUACCAGGCAUAUUGUGGGUUUAGUUUCUUUGGGUGGACAUGAUAACCCUGUGGAGUCCUAGAGCCCCAGUUAGCCCCAACAAGCCUCCCAGUCAGCCUCCCAGUCAGCCUCAACCAGCCGCCCAGUCAGCCGCCCAGUCAGCCGCCCAGUCAGCCUCAACCAGCCCCCCAACCAGCCCCAACCAGUCAGCCUCAACCAGCCCCAACCAGUCAGCCUCAACCAGCCCCAACCAGUCAGCCUCAACCAGCCCCAACCAGUCAGCCUCAACCAGCCCCAACCAGUCAGCCUCAACCAGCCCCAACCAGUCAGCCUCAACCAGCCCCAACCAGUCAGCCUCAACCAGCCCCAACCAGUCAGCCUCAACCAGCCCCAACCAGUCAGCCUCAGACCCAACUAGCCCUCCUAGCUCUGGAGAGACCAUAUUGACUGUAGUAGGGGUUACGGCUCCUUCCCCUACCCCGCUGCCUCCCUCUCCUGGUCCAGCUCACAGCGCCCCCAGGUGGCUGGAGUAUGAUCUGCUCUCCCGGCCACCUGGCAGGCAGAAAGACUGCAGUACUGAAAGAGAACUGAGCUUACUGACCAGAGGUUCUCAUAUAAAACUUCAAAAUCAGAAGUGACAGAAUGACAAAAUAUUUAUUUUUUAUGCAUUAAGGUAUAUUUUAAAUAGCUUUGGAAAUCUUAACAGAAGAGUUGUAUGUAAUUUUCAUUACAUUCAUUGUAGCUAGCUAGUAGCGUCUGUGCCUCUGGCAAAACAAUAGCCAGAGGCACAGACGCUACUAGCUAGCUACAAUGAGAAUGAGUCGAUGUGUAACGUGUACACAAGCAAUUGUAUUAUAGAUAACAUAUAUCUAUUAAGAAUAUAACAGUAUACACAGCAACACAGCUCACGGCAGGAGUCUGAUUUCCAUGACGAUGUGUUUUUGUUUGAAUGGACAGCUGUUUUACUUCUUUUUAAAGAAAUUCUGUCUUCUUGUCGGUUGACUGGCUUGGAUGUGCAUCUCACUGUAAAUAGUCAAUCCUCAUUGCAGCAACAAUUCAAUGUGGAUCCAGUGGGCAGAAGCAGUGAUGGAGCUGAUAGUCGAGGGGGUAUCCAAGGGUGUGUUCACUAGGAACCGAACGGAAACUGGGCGGGACCUACCUGAAUUUGUCCAAUAGAAACUCAUUUUCGAUUUGCAAAACUUUGUUUUUCUUUUUCUUUUUUCUGUUUGAAGCAAAUGUUUGGUACGAUUGUUCCACUAAUGAAUUACACCCCAGGUUGCCUCUGCUUACUACAGCUCUGCUCUCUCAAGUCUCCUUGCUAUAAUAGUACUGGUCUAGUACUCGGUAGGACUCAUGAGUACUUGUUAGUAGUCGAUGGGACUCAUGAGUACUUGUUAGUACUCGAUAGGACUCAUGAGUACUUGUUAGUACUUGUUAGUACUUGAUAGGACUCAUGAGUACUUGUUAGUACUUGAUAGGACUCAUGAGUACUUGUUAGUACUUGAUAGGACUCAUGAGUACUUGUUAGUACUUGUUAGUACUUGAUAGGACUCAUGAGUACUUGUUAGUACUCGAUAGGACUCAUGAGUACUUGUUAGUACUCGAUAGGACUCAUGAGUACUUGUUAGUACUCGGUAGGUCUCAUGAGUACUUGUUAGUACUCGAUAGGACUCAUGAGUACUUGUUAGUACUCGAUAGGACUCAUGAGUACUUGUUAGUACUCGAUAGGACUCAUGAGUACUUGUUAGUACUCGAUAGGACUCAUGAGUACUUGUUAGUAGUCGAUAGGACUCAUGAGUACUUGUUAGUACUCGAUAGGCCUCAUGAGUACUUGUUAGUAGUCGAUAGGACUCAUGAGUACUUGUUAGUACUCGAUAGGACUCAUGAGUACUUGUUAGUACUUGUUAGUACUUGAUAGUACUCAUGAGUACUUAACUACA